UGGCUGAGCUGGGGCCCGCGGGGCGGCCGGCUCGCCUUCCGCCUCGAGGUGCGCACCGCCGGCUACGUGGGCUUCGGCUUCUCGCCCACCGGGGCCAUGGCCGCGGCCGACAUCGUCGUGGGCGGGGUGGCCCACGGCCGGCCCUACCUGCAGGAUUAUUUUACAAAUGCAAACAGAGAGUUGAAAAAAGACUCUCAGCAAGAUUACCACCUAGAAUAUGCCAUGGAAAAUAGUACACACACAGUCAUUGAAUUUACCAGAGAGCUGCACACGUGUGACGAGAACGACAGGACUCUAACGGAGAGCACCAUGAGGGUGAUCUGGGCCUACCACCACGAAGACGUGGGAGAAGCUGGUCCCAAGUACCACGACUCCAACCGUGGCACCAAGAGUCUGCGGUUAUUGAAUCCUGAGAAACCCGAUGUGUUGUCUGCAACCACUCCAUACUUUGACCUGGUAAACCAGGACGUCCCCAUCCCAAACAAAGGUACGACAUAUUGGUGCCAAAUGUUUAAGAUUCCUGUGUUCCAGGAAAAGCAUCACGUCGUAAAGGUUGAGCCAGUGAUACAGAGAGGCCACGAGAGUCUGGUCCAUCACAUCUUGCUCUAUCAGUGCGGCAGCAGCUUUAACGACAGCGUUCUGGACUACGGCCACGAGUGCUACCACCCUAACAUGCCCGAUGCGUUCCUCACCUGCGAGACCGUCAUUUUCGCCUGGGCCAUUGGUGGAGAGGGUUUUUCCUAUCCACCUCAUGUUGGAUUAUCCCUCGGCACUCCGUUAGAUCCUCACUAUGUGCUCCUGGAAGUCCAUUAUGACAACCCGACAUAUAAGGAAGGCUUAAUCGAUAAUUCUGGACUGAGGUUAUUUCACACGACAGAUAUAAGGAAGUACGAUGCCGGAGUGAUUGAGGCUGGCCUCUGGGUGAGCCUCUUCCAUACCAUCCCUCCAGGGAUGCCCGAAUUCCGGUCCGAGGGUCACUGCACCCUGGAAUGCCUGGACGAGGCUCUGGAAGCCGAAAAGCCGAGUGGAAUCCAUGUGUUUGCUGUCCUUCUGCAUGCUCACCUGGCGGGCAGAGGCAUCAGGCUGCGUCAUUUUCGCAAAGGGGAGGAAAUGAGAUUACUCGCUUAUGAUGACGAUUUUGACUUCAAUUUCCAGGAGUUUCAGUAUCUAAAGGAAGAACAAACAAUCUUACCAGGAGAUAAUCUAAUUACUGAGUGUCGCUACAACACAAAAGAUAGAGGCCGGAUGACGUGGGGAGGACUAAGCACCAGGAAUGAAAUGUGUCUCUCAUACCUUCUCUAUUACCCAAGAAUUAAUCUUACUCGAUGUGCAAGUAUUCCAGACAUUAUGGAACAACUUCAGUUCAUUGGUGUUAAGGAGAUCUACAGGCCAGUCACGACCUGGCCUUUCAUUAUCAAAAGCCCUAAGCAGUAUAAAAAUCUUUCUUUCAUGGAUGCAAUGAAUAAGUUUAAAUGGACUAAGGAGGAAGGUCUCUCCUUCAAUAAGCUUGUCCUUAGCCUGCCCGUGAAUGUGAGAUGCUCCAAGACAGACAACGCAGAGUGGUCGAUUCAAGGGAUGACAGCGUUACCUCCAGACAUAGCAAGACCCUAUAAAGCCGAGCCUCUGGUGUGUGGCACCUCUCCCUCCUCUUCGCUGCACAGAGAUGUCCCUCGCACGCUCCUCGUGGCCUUGAUGGUGCUCGGCAGCACACCAGGCAGCUGGCACCUGUGGUCGUAAUUCUGUUGCGCUGGUGACGACGUUUCUGUGAUCCGAACCUGUCACUUAACGCGCAGGUGGAAGACACUUGGGUCACGAAGAGAGAGUGUGAAGAGCUUGCUUCCUUUCACACAUUCCAGUCCUCCCCGCCUCCUCCUCCCCAGGCUCCCUGAGGGGUGUCCAUCGGCUUCUCCUUUUCCUCAGAAAUGUCUGAUACGAUGUGUCGAUGGCCCGUAAAGCAAACUGGCCUGACGUCGUAUAACCUUUUU